AUGAGAGAAUCUGAAAAUGAUACUAAUAAUUUAAAUCAAACUGAAAAUAAGAAUAACAUUCCAUAUAGAGAAGCCGUGGGAAGUUUGUUACACCUAGCGACUACGACGAGACCAGACAUUAUAUACGCAGUCAACAUUUUAAGUAGACAUCAAAUCAAUCCAACGGAAGAAGAUUGGAUAAUGGUAAAACGAGUAUUCAGAUAUCUUAAAGGGACAAAAACAUUAGAAUUACGAUAUUUAGGUGAGACAAACGACAUUCAAGCUUUUUCAGGCGCGAGCUUUGUUGAUUGUAAAAAUUCUCUCACAACAAGUGGAUUUUUGAUCAAAUUAUAUGGAGAUCCAAUAGCUUGGAAAACUCACAAACAAUCAUAUGUAGCAUUGUCCACAUGUCAAGCUGAAUACGUUGCGAUGAGUGAGACGAGUCAAGAAUUACUGUCGCUAUAUGAUUCAUUGAAAACAAUUUUAAAAGAAACAUUAACCCCGAUGAUUUUAUGGUGCGAUAAUAAAGCAGCAGGUAUAGGUGCGGAAACAAAUGGUGGUAACAAACUACGGCAUAUUAUAGAAAUAAAAGAACACCACAUAAAAGAAUGCGUGAAAAGAAAUUUAAUUAAGAUUAGAUAG